ACAUACAGAUGCUGUUGCUCUAAUUGCAAGUAAUGCUAUAUGCACAUCUCAGUAGUUUACUAGCUUACGCCUGGGAGAGAGAUUUAAGAUAAGCACAGGCGAAGAAUUUUGUUCCAAAGUUAAUUUCUUUUUCAGAACAAAGCUCGGUACCCCUCGGUGGUUUCCAUGAGACAAAUACAGCAAGAGGAGCUGAAGGGAUAGGCCUAGAAGACUCACUAGGCCUCUUUAUUAGAUUGCUGGAUCAUGGCCACGGCUGCUCUCCUUCUAUACCACUGCUCUGUCUUCCUCUGGUACUUUUUCCUCACAUACUCUCUUUUAACAGUCAGUGCAACAGAACAACCAGCUGGAGUUUUCUUGUAUGGCGGGCAGUGGAAAUACUUAACGGUGCUUAAUGUGGUUUUGCAAACUUUCUUCUAUGCUGUCACUUUUCUGACGGAUCUGCUCCUUCCAAUACGAGGAAUUAAGUUAGUGAAGUGUAUUAUCUACUGCAGAGACCUUCUGUUCUCCGUUCUGGCUUUUCCAGCAGCAACUUUUGUGUUUCUGUCCUUCUGGGCUUUAUACUCCUACGACAGGCAACUGGUUUACCCCGAGGGUCUGGAUAAAAUAAUUCCACAAUGGCUUAACCAUGCCGUGCACACAGCUGUGUUUCCUAUUGCUGUCUUAGAAAUGGUAACAUCUCCACAUCGCUAUCCUCCAAAGAGAAAGGGACUCACCCUCUUGGGGAUUUGUUCAAUAUCAUAUCUAAGCUGGGUAAUAUGGAUUUACUUUGCUGAUGGAAACUGGGUUUAUCCUUUUCUUGGAUUACUUACCCCUUUUGGUUUUCUGAUAUUUUUAUUAAGCAGUAACAUAUUAGCAGCUACUGUCUAUAUUGUUGGAGAAACACUUAACUACCUAGUGUGGGGUACAUUUUUAAAAAGUGAUGUACAAACCAAGAAAAUGAAAAUGUAACUCUUCCAUGCAAGUCUAACCCUCUAGGGGGAGAAGAGGACGGACGUAUUGACAUACCCCUUUACAGCAAUGUAUAGCUCGAUAACAAUCAGUCAUAACUGACAGCAUGUGAAAUUGGUCUAUUAAAGAAUAAAGAAACAGUCAAACCAUAA